AUGGAGUUGGAAUUAACCUGCCCUGUUUGUUUAGAUCUGUUCCAAAGACCUGUCGUUCUGCCAUGUUCACAUAAUCUUUGUACACCAUGUGCCAGGAAAAUCUUGGAGCCUCACGGAACUCCCAAAGCCUGGGCCAAGUGGGUGAAAGAAAACCGAACCCCGGAGUACAAAUCUCAUUUAGACCCCAAUGUUAAAUGCCCAACAUGUCGACAGAGAAUUCCCGUUGAUCCGAUAGGGGUCGAUGGACUGGCAAGGAAUCUUAUUUUGGAAAAUGUCAUUGAACGAUUUAAGGAAGAAAGGAAAGCGCCAGGUAACAUUGUUGAUACAAUGUAGUUGUGAUUUAUUCUACACUACAUUGAAUAUAUAUAUUUUUUUAGUGUUCCAUUUACAUAAGAUUCUACACCAUACUUCUAGCACGAAAAGUCGUUUCUGUUAUUUUAGACUCCGACUUUGUGCAAAUGAAGUUAAAUAGCGAAAUUUUGAGCGAUGAAAUAUUUCGCGCGAACAUAUUUUCGUAUUUUCAGGACACAAAAAACAAGACUUUUCAAAGCAAAGUGCCAGCUUGACUGUAACAACUUUCAGUGCACAGCCUGAAUGUUUGGAGUAUUUGUACAAUCAAAAAUGUUGAGAUGGAAUGUUUUCAUGCUGAACGGUCCUGAGUAGAAAUUCAAUCGCUUUUGGAAAGUGUAAAACAGAACUAUUAUUUUGAUUUUAAUAAUUGAUUUACAUUGGUUUUAUANACCAUACUUCUAGCACGAAAAGUCGUUUCUGUUAUUUUAGACUCCGACUUUGUGCAAAUGAAGUUAAAUAGCGAAAUUUUGAGCGAUGAAAUAUUUCGCGCGAACAUAUUUUCGUAUUUUCAGGACACAAAAAACAAGACUUUUCAAAGCAAAGUGCCAGCUUGACUGUAACAACUUUCAGUGCACAGCCUGAAUGUUUGGAGUAUUUGUACAAUCAAAAAUGUUGAGAUGGAAUGUUUUCAUGCUGAACGGUCCUGAGUAGAAAUUCAAUCGCUUUUGGAAAGUGUAAAACAGAACUAUUAUUUUGAUUUUAAUAAUUGAUUUACAUUGGUUUUAUUCUGUUACAAGAGUGAUACACUAGUGAGUGUCAUUAAUUAUAUAACAUGAUAUGGUUCUUCCCGAAACUAAAAGUGAAACAUAGUUCAAAGCCAGAGAAAAGUGCCCUGGGGACGAGGUUGCCAUCAGCGAUCUGGCGAUAAUUGUAAAACAUGCACAUAUUGGACUCAAGUUUGAGGUGAAAAAAAAAGCCACUUCUCUAUGUUGCUUGCCGGUUCGAUUCUAAACUGAAUGGCCAGUCUUAGGCUCUGUCCACGCUCGUUUGAAAACGCAUACAUUUCGAUGCGUUCAGGGCUACCAUCCAUACUAAUGCGCUGAGCGUUCACAUCGAUUUGAAAGCGCUAUUGAAAGUGAAUCAAAACGAAAACGUAUAAACAUAGUGUCAGUGUGUUCGGUCGGUAACGCAAAAAACGAAAACAAUAACCGAAAAAUAUCACAGGCGGGUGUGUUUGUAGCAUGCACAUAGAGUUCAUCAUAACGUCACAGCGUGCAAUGUUAUCGUUUUCGAACGUUUUAGUGUGGACAGUCGAAAGCGCAUCAAAAGGGUAUAGUGUGGACGUGAAUCGAUCGUCGAAAACGCAUACUAUUGAAAACGCUUUAGUGUGGACAGGGCCUCAGUAUCCAAUCUGUACCUUUCAACUUUUGAUCAAGCAAGUUAUUCAAUAAAACAAAUAACGAAAAAAAUCCCGGUAAGCUGCGUUGCAAUUUAGAAAGUUAGUGAUCCUAUUAACGGAAAUCAGAAGUUUAGUGAAUGUUUAAUAAACAUUUUCUGAGCUGUACAAUAGAAGCUUAAAGAUUGAGUGGUCCCCUUUUUCCUGUGUGUUAAACACUGAGCAAACCGUUCGUUAGAUCCUGUCCACGCUAGGAAGAACAAGAACUCAGGAAAAUUGAUUGGCUUGACAAGAAGCAAGGCGCGGCGUAACGCGAUGAAAGACAUUUAACGGUAAUUCUGGGCUUGUUGUUACAUUGCGCUUAGUACAUUAAGGUACGUUAAGUUACACUGCAUGACAUUCCAUUGUGUUAUGUUGCAUAACUCCCUUACAGGUGAAACACCCGAGGAGCCUCUCCUGUGUCAAUUUUGUGAAGACUAUUCUCCCCAAAGGGCUACUUUGUCGUGUAAUGAAUGUACGUUCAUGUACUGUGGGACCUGUUUUGACGCGUGUCAUCCCAGCAAGGGCCCUCUGGCUGAUCACUCCAUAGGCCCACCGGUAGCAAGGCCCGUAAAACGAAAAGAGACAAGCCUACAAUGCCAGCAGCACACUGAUGAAAAGUUAGCUUUGUACUGCGUUGACUGCAAGAUGCCUGUGUGCUAUCUAUGUAAAGAAUAUGGAAAACACAAGGGUCACAAGGUGGAAUUGCUGGAGCCUAUUUUUAGAAACUCAAAGGUAAAAAGCUCCUAUAUCAUAACAGAGAGUUUUCUGGCUCCUGGCCUGCGUUGCAAAUGUGAUCAACCCCGGCUAGUAAGACAAAGACUAUUAGACACCUGACGGACUGACGUAAAGGGAGACAAUCGUAUGACAGCUGACUCUCCCUCGCCCCCUUUAACAGGGCAACAAAAAGGUGGGGAAAUGAACGUCCGAAUAUCGACACCCUUCGGGCCCUUGUCAAUCUCCUCGUCACAUGCUACAACAUUAUAUUCAUUUUCACAUGUGAUGCUAUGCUACAGACUUUAAUUACAGUUUUUUUUUGUCAAAACUAGGAAGAAUUGGCUCGGCUAUUGGGAACACUCACUAGGAAAAAUUAUCAAGUUCAAAAGUCAUUGCAGUCCUUAGAGGGCAUGUGCACUGUUGCCAAGGUAAGUUAACCUUAUUUUAAUAAGUCGAUAGGAUUGUAUAGCGAAAAGAUACAGUAACAGUAAAAUCACUCACAAUGGACACCAAGUUGAAUUUUCAGGACACAAAAAACAAGACUUUUCAAAGCAAAGUGCCAGCUUGACUGUAACAACUUUCAGUGCACAGCCUGAAUGUUUGGAGUAUUUGUACAAUCAAAAAUGUUGAGAUGGAAUGUUUUCAUGCUAAACGGUCCUGAGUAGAAAUUCAAUCGCUUUUGGAAAGUGUAAAACAGAACUAUUAUUUUGAUUUUAAUAAUUGAUUUACAUUGGUUUUAUAAAAUUCUGUUACAAGAGUGAUACACUAGUGAGUGUCAUUAAUUAUAUAACAUGAUAUGGUUCUUCCCGAAACUAAAAGUGAAACAUGGACUCAAGUUUGCAGUGAAAAAAAAGCCACUUCUCUAUCUCGCUUGCCUGUUCGAUUCUAAAUUGAAUGGCCAGUCUUAGGCCCUGUCCACGCUCGUUUGAAAACGCAUACAUUUCGAUGCGUUCAGGGCUACCGUCAAUACUAAUGCCCUGAGCGUUCACAUCGAUUUGAAAGCGCUAUUGAAAGUGAAUCAAAACGAAAACGCAUAAACAUGGUGUCAGUGUGUUCGGUCGGUAACGCAAAAACCGAAAACAAUAACCGAAAAAUAUCACAGACGGGUGUGUUUGUAGCAUGCGCAUAGAGUUCGUCAUAACGUCACAACGUGCAAUGUUAUCGUUUUCGAACGUUUUAGUGUGGACAGUCGAAAGCGCAUCAAAACGGCAGUGUGGACGUGAAUCGAUCGUCGAAAACGCAUACUAUUGAAAACGCAUUAGUGUGGACAGGGCCUUAGUAUCCAAUCUGUACCUUUCAACUUUGGAUCAAGCAAGCUAUUCAAUAAAACAAAAAACGGAAAAAAUCCCAGUAAGCUGCGUUGCAAUUUAGAAAGUUAGUGAUCCUAUUAAGGGAAAUCAGAAGUUUAGUGAAUGUUUAAUAAACAUUUUCUGAGCUGUACAAUAGAAGCUAAAACAUUGCGUAGUCCCCUUUUUCCUGUGUGUUAAACGCUGAGCAAACCGUUCGUUAGAUCCUGUCCACGCUAGCAAGAACAAGAACUCAGGAAAAUUGAUUGGCUUGACAAGAAGCAAGGCGCGGCGUAACGCGAUGAAAGACACUUAACGGUAAUUCUGGGCUUGUUGUUACAUUGCGCUUAGUACAUUAAGGUACGUUAAGUUACACUGCAUAACAUUCCAUUGUGUUAUGUUGCAUAACUCCCUUACAGGUGAAACACCCGAAGAGCCUCUCCUGUGUCAAUUUUGUGAAGACUAUUCUCCCCAAAGCGCUACUUUGUCGUGUAAUGAAUGUACCUUCAUGUACUGUGGGACCUGUUUUGACGCGUGUCAUCCCAGUAAGGGCCCUCUGGCUAAUCACUCCAUUGGCCCUCCUGUAGCAAGGCCCGUAAAACGAAAAGAGACAAGCCUACAAUGCCAGCAGCACACUGAUCAAAAGUUAGCUUUGUACUGCGUUGACUGCAAGAUGCCUGUGUGCUACCUGUGUAAAGAAUAUGGAAAACACAAGGGUCACAAGGUGGAAUUGCUGGAGCCUGUGUUUAGAAACUCAAAGGUAAAAGGCUCCUAUAUCAUAACAGAGAGUUUUCUGACUCCUCGCCUGCGUUGCAAAUGUGAUCAACCCCGGCUAGUAAGCCAAAGACUAUUAGACACCUGACGGACUGACGCAAAGGGAGACAAUCGUAUGACAGCUGACUCUCCCUCGCCCCCUUUAACAAGGCAACAAAAAGGUGGGGAAAUGAACGCCCGAAUAUCGAAACUCUUCGGGCCCUUGUCAAUUUCCUCGUUACAUGCUGCAGCAUUAUAUUCAUUUUCACAUGUGAUGCUAAGCCACAGACUUUAACUACAGUUUUUAUUGUCAAAACUAGGAAGAAUUAGCUCGGCUCUUGGGAACACUCACUAGGAAAAAUUAUCAAGUUCAAAAGUCAUUGCAAUCCUUAGAGGGCAUGUGCACUGUUGCCAAGGUAAGUUAACCUUAUUAAUAAGUCGAUAGGAUUAUAUAGUGAAAAGAUACAGCCAUAGUAAAAUCACUCACAAUGGACACCAAGUUGCUUAGGUAAAAUCGAAAACAAGGAGAAUUCUACCAAGGAGUGUCUUUUAGACCGUCCUCGGUUUUUCUUGAGGAUAAGUAGCAAAUUCUCAAAAUGAGCGAGUUCACGCAAAAGUUAAGUUCGAUCAACACCCUAUUUUGUGUCCACGUCUGACCCUCAAAGUUGGCUGAUCUCCGAAAAAUAACUCGUUUGUAAAUUAUAUACCCUAUUAAGAGCAGACUUGUGCGAAAUCAUGCACCUUCUUUAGGACAGAGAGGUCAAAAACCUACCCUGUCCUGCGACACAUCCUCGUAGUACCCCAACCACUACUUGCGCUUCAUAGACUCACUCUCCAGCCGUAGGUGUCUCUAAGCGCCCGCAGGUGCUCCCCACCCGAGGGGAGUAUCGCGGUUGCAUCGAUCGAGAUACAGUUGACACUUUUUGAAUUUAUAGAAAUCUGGUUGUGAUGUCGAGGCUCAUGUAAAAAGGGAAUGUGAUUCGUUAAUCGCCAUCAUGGAGAAGAAGAAAGUUGAGCUUCUAAAGCGUGUAACUGAAGAGUACCAGGAUAAACUGGACGAGAUUAACAAAGCUAUGCACCAGUGUGAACAUGUACUACUGCAAGGUGAUGGUUUAGCUGAGUUUACGCAAGAAGCUCUUAAGGAAGACAAUCCUGCUACAUUCCUACAGGUACGAUAUAAGAAGCAGUGUAGUAAGAAUACGAACAUGACUCGACAAAGGGUUGGAAAUCGACCCUGUGAGUACAUAAGUCAGUACAGGUCAGAAAUACACUAAAUAAGGAAUUCCGUGUCCUCCUGCUUAUCAUCAUCAUCAUCAUCAGUAUUGCUAUUAUUAUUUUAAAAGAAAAUUUCAUAUAGUUGAUUUUUACAGAGCCUAUGUUUUAUCAUCGCAAAAAAUCUAGACGAAAAUGCUGGAAUGUGAAUGAUAAACGUAGGUAUAUGUACCAAACAACUGAAUUGCGUUUUGCGCUUGCUCUGACUGGUGGCUAGCUCAGAUGGAAAAGCAUUUACUAUGUACAUCAUAGCAACCGUUAGCGCUGACGAAGAAGAAUAUUGAGUUUUCCACAUUGAAAUGACCUGGACUGCCGCAAAAAUGUCAGGAAAUCAGGAAGGUCAAACAAUCGACAAAGCGGGGCAAAUAAAUAAAAACCAAAUUAUUCCCCUCUAAAUCGUAAUGGAUUAAUAUUUGUCAUAUGUUAUUUUGUAGACCGCCAGUUCUCUGAAGACGAGGCUGAAUCUUAUGCUAGAAACAAUCCGAAGUCUCCCCAGUGCCUCUUCCAUCACGCCGACGUUUGAUCACAUGGCAGUAGACGCAUCAUGGGAAAGGAAAGUCCUGAAGAAGGUCACGUGGCUUCAAAUACCAGGUGAAAGAAGCAUAGUCUCCUAAACUGGAUUGGUUGAAGUAACUAAACAAAAAUAAAGAGUAAUGUGAAAAUACCGUGACGUGAAUAACGUUUGAAUGGUUAGGGUAAUAGUUUUCUACCGUCGAUGAAUAUGGCGGAUUUUGCGGUUAAUAGACUCUGAACAAUACAAAUGUUGACAGAUUUUCAAUAUUACGAACAUUUGCGCACGCAGAAUAACCCUUCCUCAUGUGUCUUCCCGAUUCUUGAACAAAACUUCCAACGCAACUUAAGUAACUUUGUGAAAAGUUCUCCAGAAGUAGGUAUGCGAAUUGAAGUAUUAUUAAUUUUUAAAAGUGGUGUUUAAUUUAUCAGGCAGGCCAAGUUUCGUUACAUCUCAGUGUAAAGCCACAAACCGGACAGUCCAGUUGUUUUGGAGCCAGCCGCCAAACGCAGUUGAUGCCUAUUACUUGGAGGCCGAUAUUUAUCCACCAAACCGAGGCCCUAACGAAAAGGAGCACCAUGAAACGGUGCAACUGUCUCUAAGGAAAGCCUGUAAAUAUAUCCUGGAGUGCCCUCAUUACAACUCUAAGGUUUCAGCUAGAGUCCGUGCGUCAAACAGAGCGGGAGAUGGACCUUUCAGUCAAGAAAUCACUAUUUAUACAGACAAAGGUAUUCCAAAAAAAUAAGCAUGCUAGAAAGAUUUAUUAAGAUUUACACUUCUCGGGGCUGCGCAUGCCCAAUUCGCCACUUGAGAAACUAUCGGGAAACUAGGCCGAGUUAACUUUCGCAAAGACGUCUGAGACUGUUUAGGCUAGGGACAGGGGGGAGGGGUGGGGGAAAUGGCCAAUAGCUGACCAGAGUGUCCCCAGUAACGAUCCCAGAAAGCAUUGCAGGACACAUUUCGGCUCCAGUUCCCUUUUCCUUUCUAAAAUGGCGAAUGGUGUGACAGUGAUUUGUAGUCACCUGUGGUGUCUUUUUCCUUUGCACACCAUAAAAACGAGUUCAUCUCCAAAUAAAUAGGGAAUUUUUUAUCGGGAGAGAAUAUAAUGACUUUUUGAACAUGAAAAACACGAACUAUACGUCUUCCUGUUCUUGAUUACACAAGACUCAUAACCUUAAUUUACCAACUGAAAAUUCCGCCUUCCAAAAUACCCCCGAAAUGGGUAAUUACAUUCACAAUGACAGAAGUAUUGUUGAAAGUUUCUUUAGUGGGCCCUACUGGAGUGCAAAUUGGACCAAACGGUCUCCAAAAAGUAAGACUAUGAAGUUAUUUAUGGGCGACUGGUUUUAAAUUGUUAAAUCAGUGGACCGCACUUAUAAUGAGUUCCUUAGUUGUAAAUUGUAAUUGAGCUCUUAAGAACUCGUUUGAAUGUGUCCGUGCGUUCCAUAUCGAAUUGGAAUUUGGAAAUGUUGGUUUUUGACAAGAGGAGAAAACCGGAGCACCCAAAGAAAAAUUUCUCGAAGGCAUCGUAGCUGAGGGAUUAGAGCCCCGAGUUCAAGUCCCGCCCUGACCUUUAGCUGGAUUUGUUCACGGUAGUCCCGAGUUCAAAUCCUCCACCACGGUUGUAAAUAGUCAGCUGCUUUGCCUCAGGCCAGUUGGGAUUCUUAACCUGUUAUGUGUGAUUUGAAUUAUUUGUUUCAGCCUGCUCGGCCCCACUAACAUAAGUGCUUUAAAUACUGCCAAGGGUAAAUAAAGGAAUUACUUACUUGUUUAUUUAUUUCGGAGGAAAAGAGAGAACCGACAAACAAACUCAACUCACAUAUGGCGUCGAUAUCGGGCUUCGAAAUUCUUGGCUCCCUCGGUGGGACGAAGCGAGUGUUCUCAUACCACUGCGCCACCCUUGCCCCCGCAUCAACACUGUAAGCUGUUUUAACACUUUCCUUCUCAACAGGAAUUAACUUCACGCUGGAUCCCUCGUCAAAAUUUAAACGGGAGCUUGUAUUUUCUCGUGAUCUCUCUGUGGCAAAAUUGACAAGCCCAGUAAUCACGAAUGUUACGGGUGACGUGGUGCUUUCAAGCGGUUGCCAUUACUGGAAAAUCAGGAUUGACCAGUUCGCUGGAUCUGCUAACAAUGGAUUCGUUGCUGUUGGUGUUGCUAAAGAGUUGCAAGAAGGGACGCCGAUAGGUAGGAUGACAUAUUGAGAUUUUGAGAUACGCCUAAUUGCAAUAACGUUGUCUUAGGAAAAUUGAAAAAGAAAAAAGCCAAAUAGGACUAAAUUAGCCUAAUUAAGCCACAUUCUCAGGGUGAAUUCAUUUUUAGCCGUUGCAUUCCCCCGGCUGGAACUUUUUUAAUUCUUUUUUAGCGUUAAAACAAUAGCAAAUUCCAACAGGCAAGUACGACGUCCAGUGCGGAUGCUGCACAUGUGCUAUGGCAUUGUAGUUGUCCUGUGAUCAUAAACAAACUUAGACGCCUUUAAUAUAACUACAGUCGAACCUCCAAUAACGGCCACCUCUCUACAACAGCCAUUUUUUUUGUUGCUGGAAAGUCUAUACAAUGACCAGGUGGCCAUUGUAGAGAGGUUCGACUGCAUAAUUCGCUUUUAACUACCCUCAAAAGGGAGGAUUCCUUUUUUUUUCAAACUGACCAAUUUACAGAAAUCCAAAAAGAUUGAUCGCACUUCUUCAAUAGCUCACACUCGUUCGUUUCUAUUCAAGGAAAUGACGGAAAUUCCUUCGCCUUACAAAUUUUUGAGAACACCACUUUAUGGUGCGAAAACUCUCACAACCACCUUCAGGCCAAGCAGAAAGCAAAAGACAUCAAAGGCAGUAACAUAGCGAUUCUUCUCGACUUGGAACAACAAACAAUGAACAUUUACUGGAAUGGCAGACUGCAGACGGACGACAGCCGCCCUGGGGGACCCUCCUUCGUAGGAGUAGUUGGCCCAGUUAAGCCGGCGUUUAGCGUGUUUGGAAGCUCUGUCCAGUUCAGUAUACUGACUGGUUUGGAAAAACCAACUGUUUCCACUGGUAAGAUAUGAAGUUUGGUAUCACUCUGUCCCUCUGACAGUCCAUAACCCGGCGCGAGUGACUGUUAUACUAUUGCCUUUGUCACGGCGUUUUCACCGACCGGUUUAUUUUUAGAUAAAUUUUAGAGCGCUUUUUCCCGCAAAAUGGAAGCUCCGCUCCGUAAUCUUAGCUCAUUCGAUAUAAGUUAUAGAAAAUGUAAACUAGUAAGUCUCUAGGUUUUGCUGGCUGGUUUUGUGAGACCAUAGUUAAUUGAGUGGAAUGGUUAUGAAACCCGUCAGACUCCUUUGUUAUAUGUUUUUGUGGACCUGAAAGUGCACAACGUUCAAAAGAAUUCCUAUCAUUUUGAUUGUAUUGACAAAAAAAACGUUGCAUUAAUUUAUUCCGUAACAAUUUGCCAACAGAAAACAAAGGAUUGUGAACUUUCAGGGUGCUUCCCACAUAAACUGCAGCACUGUUGUUUUUAUCAUUGAUGUUUGCCGCUUUUCAUAACCAGUCUCCUCUAAUAACUAUGGUGAGACCUAAAGAAUAUUCUAGAUUUGCGUCAAAAUCGUUGUAAAAAGGAAAUGGGCCGGUAAAAAACGUCGUGACUCGAGUUCAUGUAAGUUACUCACUCCACGGGUUAUGGGCUCCUGAUCCUGCCUAAUAACGACAGAUGCACAAGACCAAAUGGACUGAUCAGAACAAAAAUGUCUGGCAAACGAACGAGUCUUAAUUGUUUUUUUUUAACAAAUGGCAGCAAAACUUAGUGGAUGAGAUAAAAAGCAAUGAAAUUAAGGAUCACGAUGAGGCACAUUUCUUAUUUAUUUUUUUUAGAUGAAAGAAUACGAGACCUGCCUUGGCUACUACCCAUCGACUCAGUGUGAAAUAUCCCUUUUUUUCUAGGUCCUCCUAUUAUCCAUCUCGAUGAAUGCGGUGUCGAAAACACCAAAAUCAACCUAGUGUGGUCUCCCCCGGAAACUGGUAAUGUGGACUGCUACAUUGUAGAGAUCGACACCCUUAACCGGGAGGGGGACAUCCACCAAGAGCGAAAUUUUACCAAAGUAUACCAAGGACCGCGCACUAAGUACACUCUAAGAGGACUGGACUACAAUGUUACGGUUGUUGCGCGGGUCAAGGCGCUGAAUACCGCUGGAGAGAGUGAACCUAGUGACGAAGUAUCGCUUUCGACCGAAAAAGGUGCUGAAAUCUAA